CAUACUCUGUUUAGGUUGCCCUCACUGCUAUAGUGGUCACCCAUAAGCCUAUUUGGAUCUUAGCUGAGAUAGCAAUGGGUUUACUCGUCGCUGGUGAUGCUGCGGACUAUUCUCUAUGUGAGCGUAUUAGUGCUGCUAAAUGCACUAAUACGCUCUGGGUCAGCCUGAAUAUGAGGACACGCCGCUUCGGAGCAGGUGGACAAGAGACGGUGGGCCAAGUAAGAAGGGAGGGUGAGGUCAGAGCAGUGAUCAUUUAGCUCUUGAGAUAUUCCUUCAGUGAUCUUUUGCAAGGAACCAGUGAGACAACAGAUGUGCUUUUAGGCUUCUGGACAUGUUUUCCAAGUUAAUAGGACUUUUCAAAGGGCCCCAGGUGCCAGCAGACUCUGGAACCGCCAAAAAAGACCCUGACCCAGCUCCUCCAGCUAAGGAAGAGAAACCAGCUGAUAAAGAGAAUGAAGCCAAGAAGGAGGACAAACUUCCAGCCCCAGCUGCAGCUCCGGCACCCUUUCCGGCACCAGCUGCAGCUCCGGCCCCCGCUCCGGCACCAGCUGCCGCUCCGGCCCCCGCUCCGGCAUCAACUGCAGCUCCGGCCCCCGCUCCGGCACCAGCUGCAGCUCCGACCGCUGCCCCAGCUCCAGCUAACCCCGACCAAGCUGGUCCUGAGGGACAGGAAGAAGCUCCCCCUCCACUUCCGCCCAUCGUCAUCAACAGAUAUUCAGACGAUCAGCUCAGAUCCAUAAUCACAAAAAUAAAAGAAAGACGGAAAAUCUACAGGGAGAAAGUGAUUGAUCAGUAUGCUUCAUCCCCUGAGAUAACCCCUCCUGUCACGCCACUGCUUCAGAAAGAAGAGUAUGCCAAAGUGAUAGAGGAAAGGGCCAGAGUCGCUGAGGAGGAGCGGAUAAAGAAGGAGGAGGCAGACAAGAAGAAGAAGGAGGAGCAGGAGAAGAAAAAGAUAGAAAACGAGCAGAAGAAGAAGGAGGAAGAGGAGAAAAGGAAAGAAGAGGAGAAGAAGAUAAAGGUGCCUUUAAAGACAAAGUUAAUUGCAGCUUAUUGGUCCUCUGUGGACUUUAUGCUGAAACCGCUGGAGGACAGAAUGGACUCAGUGGUGGGACACACCAUCGAUCCUUUCACUGAUCGCCGCUACAUCGCCUGGUUGAGUGUGGUGACUCUGGCUUUCAAUUACAACACCUGGUUUGUCACCGCCCGGCUGUGUUUUCCGUAUCACACUGAGGCCGCCAUCCCGUACUGGUUCGCUUUCGACGUCGUGGCUGACCUCAUCUACGCCACAGACGCCAUCUUGUUUCAGCCUCGCAAACAGUUUGUCAAAGGAGGCGACAUUAUAAAAGACCGUUCCAUGACAAAGAAGCACUACAGAGACUCUGAGCGAUGCCUGGCAGACGUGGUGUCCGUUCUGCCGUUUGACUUGUUGUACGCACAGUUUGGAUUCAAAUCUGUUUUCAGAGCCAAUAGAAUACUGAAGGUGGACACGUUCUUUGAGUUCAGUGAUCGCCUGGAAAGCAUCAUGGCCAAGGCUUACAUCUGGAGAGUUAUCCGCACUAUUGGAUAUCUCCUCUUCAUGCUUCACCUCAACGCCUGUUGCUACUAUGUGGCCUCUGAGUACCAAGGCAUCGGGGGGACGAAAUGGGUUUAUUCUGGCUUAGGUAGUGCGUAUCUACGUUGUUAUUACUUUGCUGUGCGCAGUCUGAUCAACAUUGGGGGCCUUAAUGAACCCCACACCGUCUUUGAGAUUACCUUUCAGAUGACUAACUUUUUCACGGGGGUCUUUGUGUUCUCAAGUUUGAUUGGACAGAUGAGAGAUGUCAUUGGUGCGGCUACAGCAGGACAGACCUACUUUAGAGCUUCUAUGGACAACACCGUAGCCUACAUGGUGAACAACCACAUUCCCCCCUUGGUGCAGAACCGAGUCCGCACCUGGUACACGUACACAUGGGAUGCUCAGGGCAUGCUAGAUGAGUCAGAGUUGCUGGAUAAGAUGCCCCUGGUCAUGAGAACCGCCAUUGCUGUGGACGUUAACCUUGCAACAUUUCAGAAGAUUGACCUUUUCAAGGGCUGUGACCAGCAGAUGUUGGUGGACAUGUUACUGCGGCUCAAGUCCAUCAUCUAUCUACCUGGAGACUUUGUUGUGAAGAAGGGCGAUAUCGGUAAAGAAAUGUAUAUCAUCAAAAGUGGAGCAGUGCAGGUGGUUGGCGGACCUGACAACAGCAUUGUGUUUGUCACUCUAAAAGCUGGAUGUGUGUUUGGAGAAAUCAGUCUGUUGCAGUCUUCCAAAGAUGGAGGAAACAGGAGGACGGCUAACGUCAAAGCUUAUGGUUUUGCUAACCUUUUUGUCCUGGAGAAGAAGGACUUGUUUGACAUUCUUGUCCAUUACCCAGAAUCCCAGAAGGUGUUAGCCAGGAAGGGCCGGAAACUAAUGAAGGCCAAAGGACCAGCAGCUGCCAAAGCAGAAGAAGACAAGAAGAAAGGACUGGCACUGUUUGGAGAAAAACCCCAAACUCCUAAAUUUCUGCGAGCUUUCGGAGGAACCAUUAACAAGACACUGAUCGAUAAAGUCAAGGCUUCUGCUCAAAAUCAAAACUGAGAACUUGGUUUGAUUUAUUUAACUCCUUUUUGGGAGUACAGCUUGUGUUUUUUUUUUACAAACUGUAUGUUUUGUUACUAUUUAACCCUAUACAAACUUUCAUAUUAUAUUUGAUUCAUACAUUUUUGUGUUCUUUAUCUCAUUAGCAUGAUCCAAACUUCCCUUAAAUAAUUCAUUAUUUAUAAAUUAAUCCAUGUUUUCUGCUCUGUAGUGCUUCAUCAUUCCACUAGAGGCAGUAGAAAGGACUUUCCUGCUCAUUUCACGACGGUUUGAAAUGAUGAAAUUUUCCGAACUGUAUGGCAAGAAUAACAAAUCUAUUGUUGUUCUGUUUUUUUUUAAUGACUACUUUCUGUAUUUAAAAAAUGCCAAAAUUGUUAACAUUUAAUUCUUUACAUUACAAUUAUAUCAUGUUAAAAAUG